UGCGACACCUUCCAAAAUAUCGGCGCCUGCUUCCGACGCGACGCCCGGCUCCGGAGGAUGGACGACGGCUCCGAGCUGUCGCCGAGCAUCGCGCUCAUCGUGCGGCGGCUGAGGGGAAGCCACCUGCACUCCCAGAUAGAGAGGAGAGCCAAAGAGUGUUUACAUCAGCCUGACAUCAAGUUGGAUUCCCUUAAAGAAGACGUACGCAGUUUUCUAAAAAAAACAGGCUGGGAAAGACAGCUGCAGAAUGCAGUGUACAGGGAGCUGCAUGUCCAGCUGCCCCCGAGUCAUCCCGCCGCUCCUCCAGAGCACCUCAAAGAGCCGCUGGCCUACAUGCGCAAGGCUCAGGCCAGCUGGGAGAAGCGUGUCCUCAAAAGCCUGAACAGCAUGAGCACCGAGCUCGGAGUGCCUCUCGCUCGCAUGAGGCCCGCAGCGGAGCAGAAGGAGCUCGCCAACAAAUGGAACGAGAUGGGCGCGGAUGAACCAGAUCUCACUAGCUUUCGGCCUGUGUAUGCCCCCAAAGACUUCCUGGAGGUGUUAAUCGGCCUGCGGAAUCCGAAUCAUGACGUCAGCGAGGACGUCGGCGUCAGGAGCCACUGGGGUCUCGUCCAGGUCCCCCUGAGUGUCCGGGACAUCCCUCAGCUGAGGCUGGCCUUCUCGGAGCUGAGCCUGGCCAAUGGGCAGUUGGGGAUUGAUGACCAUGCUCACAUCAAUCCCGACAUGUUUGAAAACGAGUACGUUCAAAUCGGGAAAAAAGUGGUUGUUGAGCAGGACAGUGCAGCAGCGCAGCAGUACAGCAGGCAGGGCUGUUCUACUGGGCUCCGUGCAGACCUGUGGGCCCUCAUCCUGAACUCUAAUAACCAGCCACAGGACGUGAUGCAUUACGAGCAGCUCACGGCUGGAGUCAUACAACACGACCUGCUGGUGGACAACCUCAUCUACAAGGACGUGAAGCUCACUGCCAGUAACGACGACUACUACUUUGUGUUUGAAGAUUUCCUCUAUCAGGUGUUGCUGUGUUUCUCUCGAGACACCGCCGUCUUGGAGAACUUCAAAUACAACAGUGCCACUCCGCCCAGAUCCUUCAUCCAGGGGAAGGGAGGCGAAGAGGAGUGUGCUGUCGUUUACCCUCCCAACGGUGUCAUCCCUUUUCACGGGUUUUCAAUGUAUGUGGCACCUUUGUGUUUCUUGUACAACGAGCCCUCCAAGCUGUACAGUGUAUUCAGGGAAAUGUACAUCCGCUACUUCUUUAGAUUACACUCCAUCUCCUCCUCGCCCUCGGGCAUCGUGUCUCUGUGCCUGCAGUUUGAGCGGCUGCUCCAGACACACCUGCCUCAGCUCUUCUACCACCUGAGACAAAUCGGGGCGCAGCCGUUGCGUAUCGCCUUCAAGUGGAUGGUUCGGGCCUUUUCUGGCUAUCUGUCCACUGACCAGCUGCUUCUGCUGUGGGACCGGAUCCUGGGAUACGAUUCACUGGAAGUAGUGGCGGUCCUCGCGGCCGCUGUGUUCGCCUUCCGCGCCGAGAACCUGAUGGAAGUGACGUCCCUGGGUUCAGCUGAGGCUGUCCUCGCCGACCUUUCGACUCUGAAGGUCAUGCCGAUCAUCCAGGUCUUCCUGUUCGCCACCGCCAUCUGAGGAGCGCGGAGACUCCGGGACGGGAGCCCAUAAUGCCGCUUUGCGCCGCCACGACCGCAAAGACGCAACGCCGGCAACCCUCCGUCGAGAAACCCCCCCCGAGUGCGGCAGAUCCUGCGUCUCUCGCACGAGCUCAAGCAUCAAAGCCAAACCCCUCUUUAGCAUGGAUGUACCCUGAAUAGCGGAUCCCCGCUAUCAUACGCUAUCAGAUAUUAUACAGGUGUGCAAGUGAAGCCCGCCAAGCUAACCUCCUUAAGCACGGAGCGGCAGCCGUAUCGCGAGAGGAGAGCAACGGUCACGCCGCCGAGCUCGGCUAACGAAGUGCUAAUUAGCUCCUGCAAUUUACUCUGCUGCUUCUCACGCUGUUAGAGGACGCCGUCGCUGAUGAAUGAGGAGAUGGGAAGCAUUGAGCGCGUUGAGAGGAACAAACGAGUCAAAUGUAACUUAUUUAAAUAUAUAUGUCAGAAGCUGAGGUGUACACACAUAGUUUAUUGUAUUUAUGAAGAAAUUGCAUAUUCCUGCUGACGGGAUUUUAGCAACUUUAUUGCCAGUGUUUAUGACUUCUUCAUUCAACAUCCUGCGUUUUAUUCCUGAAUGUAUCCAGCUAUAUCCAGUGUAUUUCACCUUUCAUUUUCAAUGCGAUCAAAUGAUUUUUCUAUAUUAUUAACGGUAUUCUUUGUCAGCCAAUGUCUUUUUUUGUCAAUGAAAUAAAAUAGUUUGCCUCCA